ACAACUCAGUACGUGGCGGACGGCUGCAUUGCGACGUUGUCUUAUCUGAGUGUUAAUUUGGUGAAUUUUAACUGUGUGGGCAGACCCGUAGAGGUCACAGGGACAAAAUUUAUCUCAUAACGCAAGAUAAUACCAUGUCCAUGUCGGGCGAAUUCGGAAACCCGUUGAGGAAAUUCAAGCUCGUCUUCUUGGGAGAGCAGAGCGUUGGGAAGACCUCGCUCAUCACUAGGUUCAUGUAUGACUCGUUCGACAAUACAUACCAGGCGACCAUUGGUAUAGAUUUCCUCUCCAAAACAAUGUACUUGGAGGACAGAACGGUGAGGCUGCAGCUUUGGGACACAGCUGGGCAAGAGAGAUUCCGAAGCCUGAUCCCUUCCUAUAUUCGUGAUUCUACUGUUGCUGUUGUUGUUUAUGAUAUAACUAAUGCUAACUCCUUCCACCAAACAUCAAAAUGGAUAGAUGACGUCCGAACAGAGCGUGGUAGUGAUGUGAUUAUUAUGCUUGUAGGGAAUAAAACUGAUCUUUCAGACAAAAGACAGGUAUCCACGGAAGAGGGAGAACGAAAAGCGAAGGAACUCAAUGUUAUGUUUAUUGAGACAAGUGCGAAAGCUGGAUAUAAUGUAAAGCAAUUGUUCCGACGUGUUGCAGCUGCAUUACCUGGAAUGGAAUCUACUGAAAACAAGAAGGUUGACACUUUAGCCGUGGAUCUGCGACCCCAGCCCACUCCUCAGGAGCAGCAGCAGGACCAAGAAGGGAGUGGUUGUAUAUGCUAGGAUGCGGCCUUCAUGCUCUAGUGUCUCUCUCAACGUGCUAUAGCCUCCACCCAUCACCGAAGACAUAUGUCCUUGUUUUAGUCAUUUACUGUAUUCAAUGUUUUAUGUCUCCUUCGCAAUUGGCUCAGAUUCAUUGUCCCAUA